CAAAAUUAAGUAUUUUAUUAAAAAUGAAAAUUCUUUUUUUGGCUUUAUUCUUUUUCAUAAUUCAUUGUGUUUAUUCUAAAAGCAAAAGAUAUGAAAAUUAUACUUUGUUCAACCUUGUCGCGACUGAGCGAUAUCAAAUUAAGUUUCUGCAAAAUUUGGAGUCACAAAAAUACAUAGAUGCUAUAUUCUGGAGACGUCCUUUCAAAAUGUUCAGCGAUAUCCAAGUUCUAGUAAAUCCUAUGGAUUUAGAAAUUUUUAAAGAGAGAUUGAUGCAUUUUGGCAUGAAUUCAAGAAUUUUGUCUGACAAUAUACAACGCGAGUUCGACCAACAAGUAAUCCACAGAUAUUUACGUCUUAAAACAUCGUCUUAUUCUUGGAACAAUUACCAUUCACUUGAAGAUGUAUACCAAUGGAUGUCUGAUAUUGCUGCAAAAUAUCCUAAACUAAUAAAACUCAAGGAUAUUGGGAAAACUAUUGAAGGCAGAGAAAUACUAGCUAUGAACAUACACAGACCAGGUUCCAAGAGGAAAGUUAUAAUAGACGCAGCGAUGCAUGGAAAUGAAUGGAUUACAGCGGAGUUUGUGACCUAUCUAGCAAAUGAAUUGGUGAAAGCUGAUAAGGCAAUGAGUAGCAAAUUGAGACGCGUGGCGCAUAAGUAUAACUGGUUUCUGAUACCCGUCGCUAAUCCUGAUGGGUAUGUCUAUAGUAUGAAAAACGAUCGAUUAUGGCGAAACAAUCGGCACAUUGAAAAUAACAAUACAAUCGGUGUCGACCUGAAUAGAAACUUCGAUUACAGUUUUUGCACUCAAGGUGCCAACAAAGAACCGUCGAAAGAUUACUUUUGUGGUUCCAAGGACUUUUCGGAGCCAGAGUCGAGGGCCAUUGCCGACUUUGUGAGAAUUCACCGGAAGGACCUAUAUUUCUACAUCUCACUCCACGCUUACGGACAAAAGAUUUUGAUACCGUACUCGGACAGGGUGAAGCAUGUUGAGAACUUUGGGGAAUUGGAAAAUUAUGGGAAACAAGCAAUAUUGAAAAUGUAUAAAGUGAACGGGGUCAAAUACGGUAUUGGGACCAUUUAUGAUAGCUUUGGUUAUAGAAUCUCGGGUGACAGUGCUUCAUGGGUGAAGAAAAAUCAUAAAGUUAAAUAUGUGUUAACCAUGCUCCUACGUGACAACGGGACAUAUGGGCACGCACUGCCUGCCAACCAAAUUUUGCCAACCUGCGAGGAAACGCUGGUGGGCAUAACAGAAAUAUUGACGGCUCGCCACAGACGAUUUAUAUAUGUGUGUAGUACUUAUUUUUUUGAUCCAUGUAUUCCAAAAAGAUAUAAAAAUUUCUCCCUCAUACGCGGUAUACCAGUUAAUGAGGCCCAUUUAAGAUUCUUCAAUAAUUUAAGUGCCCUUUAUAAUGUUAAUUACUGGAGAUUACCGGGGCUGGUACACAGACCCAUUGAAUUCAUAAUUGCGCCUACUAACAGAGAUGAUUUUGUAAGGACCGCUGAUAAAGCUGGAGUAUAUUAUUCCACACUCAUAGAAGACGUACAAAAAGCUCUUGAUAUGCAAACAGUAAAAUCCUACAUUCGACGUAAUAUGGAGUCGUUUGAUUGGAGGAGUUUUUUUCGCCUCCAGGACAUUUACGCCUGGCUAUGGGAUCUGGAGACUCAAUAUCCAGAAGUGAUGCAAGUGAAAACAAUUGGAAAAUCUGUGGAAAAGAGAGAUAUACUUGCUGUGAACAUUGAACAUAAGACUGGCAGGGCCAAGCCGAAACCGAAAGUAAUUGUGGAGGGCGGUAUACAUGCGCGUGAGUGGAUAUCGCAGGCGUUUGUCACAUAUUUCCUCUAUCAAAUCCUGACAGCUGUUGAAUCCAACAACACCCUGAGAAUAAUAGCUGAGACCUACCAGUGGCAUUUUAUACCAGUUUUAAAUCCGGAUGGAUAUGAUUAUACCCAUAAUGCGGAUCGAAUGCACCGAAAGAACAUGAACCACGUCGAUUUGAAUAGAAAUUUUGGAAUAGCUUUUGGAACCGUUGGUGUGAGCGGAAAGAAAUCAAGCGAGAUAUACUGUGGGCCACAUGCGUUCUCGGAACCAGAAUCGAAGGCAAUGGCUGAUUUUGUUCAUGCUAACAGUCGAGAUUUAAUGUUCUAUCUGGCUUUCCAUGCUUAUGGUCAAUACAUGAUAUUACCGUAUACACAUCUGAAGGUUCAUUUAGAAAAUUAUGAUGAGGUUCAUGAAAUGGGUGUUAUGGCUGCGUCCCGCAUAGCAGCUAGAUACGGGACGCAGUAUGAAGUUGGCACUGCAUACGAUACAGUAGGCUAUAUGACGUCGGGAGUCAGUGGAUGCUGGGUGAAGAAAACUUUCAAUGUUCCAUAUGUGAUGACGUUUGAAAUGCGUGACCAAGGUCAGCAUGGCUUUGCUCUGCCCCCCAAACAAAUUUUGCCGACUUGUAAAGAAACUAUGGAUGGUAUCAUAUCCCUAUUAAUGCAUAAAAAGGGAAAAUUAAAGGAUCAAGUCUUACCGAAAACGGAUAGUGGAGAUAUGAUAUUUAUUAAUCAUGUUGUUUUGCAUUUGGUAUUGAUUAAAAUGUUUAUUUACUAA